AAAAAUAAUAAAAAAAAAUCAGUGCCUUCAACCCAACAACAAAAAGUGAUAAAUCCUCAAAUUAAAAAAAAAGAAAAGUAUUUUUUUCAAAUAGUGCAAAACAACCAUUCAUUAUCAACAAAAAAAUAGCUUAAGCUCAUCACCAUUCCAGUGCUCUUCGAAAACAUCAAAGAAACCCAAAAAAGCUGAAAAGAAAAAAAAAACAUAAUCAACCACCACCAGCUAAUUUGUUAUGGUUUCAUUAAGCUUACAUGUUCCAAGGCUAUUUUGAUAUUGUAAACCCUGCCAUAAUUUCCAAACCACACAUACACACAUCACGUCACUCACACCUAAACAUAAUGUCACAUCAAUCCAUACCUAUGAGAUUUAGGUAAUGUAAUCGUCAAAAAAAAAAAAAAAAUAAGAGAAACGCUGUUCAAACGCUCAAGUGUGCCAUACCAUCAGCAAAUUCUUAUCGAAACCAGAAAAGCCCAAAAGCCAACAACGGUCACAACGAAUCAUUGUACAAGAGACAACCUCUGCAGAGCUAGAAAUCCGAGCCUUCCACAAGAAAUCAACUGAGAUUAAAGUGCCUUUUUUUAAAUAAGUUUACACACAUCCAAUACAUUAUUCGUUUAUAAGCCACAUUUUUUCGUAUAUUAAGGACUACAUUUAAGUUUUUUUUGUUUUAUACCAUAAGGAGCCAUUAAGUAUAGAAACAACAACAACAUACUCAUUAUCUACAACAACAUUCCAUUCGUCAAAAAAAAAAAAAAAACAUUCCACGCGGAUAAGGUCCUUACUCCGUUCACAUACUCCAUCCAGUACCAGCAACAACUGGCAAGUGCAAUUCACAAAAAUCUUCCAUAAAUAACAGAAACGGAUCAGCUUUACCAGACUCACCCUCCUAGGAUUCCAAGAAUCAUCCAUAACUUUGCUUUAAUCACUCUCUACGCUGGCAUAAGAUGUCCUCAUCAUCUCCGGUCACGACCAGUGUCAUUACCGCCAACGAACUUGCUUUAACGGCCCAAGCGAAUAUGCAUCACCGGGCUGCCCACAUGCAUGAAGCCCCCCUCUCGCCAGCACGUGCCAAUUCAGUAUCAGUGGCUGGAGCCACAGGAACCACAACGGGCAACAUUGUCACCACCACCAGUAUUUCGAAUUCUGGACAAACGGCCAAUGGUAUACCCAUGAUAUCGCCCGAAGCCAUGCACCACUCGUCACCGGAUAGUCCACAACCAGAAUUGGCCACCAUGACCAAUGUAAAUGUGCUCGAUCUGCACACUGACUCCUCCAAGUUAUACGACAAAGAUGCUGUCUUCAUAUACGAAAGCCCCAAAGUGGUAAUGACAGGGGGUGGUGGAGGUCCCCAGGAUGAUCAUGUCAUUGAUGCUCGCAUGGUGGCCCAACUGAAUCAGCAGCAGGCAGCCGUGCAGACGGCCCAUGAAAAUCAACCCUUGGCCAAAAUAGAAUUCGAUGAAAAUCAAAUAAUUCGAGUUGUCGGACCCAAUGGUGAGCAACAACAAAUCAUCUCCCGGGAAAUCAUUAACGGCGAACAUCACAUUCUGUCACGCAAUGAGGCCGGUGAACACAUUCUAACACGCAUUGUCAGUGACCCCUCGAAACUGAUGCCCAACGACAAUGCCGUGGCAGCAGCCAUGUUUAAUCAAGCCCAAAAAAUGGCCAAUGAUCAUGCCGUCUAUCAAACAUCUCCCCUGGACGCCUCCGUUUUGCAGCAUUACGACACCGAGGCUGUGGUCAAGACCGAGGUUGAUAUCUACGAUGAUCCGAAGAAACAAAAUUCCGGACAAAUUAUAUACACCACAUCGGGCCCAGAUCCGGGAAAUCCCAAACAUUUAUCGCACUUACCGAUGGGUGCCAAAUUGGAUCCGGACAUGUAUCCCACAGAUAAACACAUCGAUUUAAUCUACAACGAUGGCAAUAAGACGGUGAUCUACACAACAACGGAUCAAAAGGGUUUGGAAAUUUAUUCGGGCAGUGAUUUGAGUGGCCUUGUGGCUGACGGCCAGGUUGUGGUCCAGGGUGGUUUACAAUAUGCUGGACAUGGUGGACCAGGAGGUCAGCCAGUUUACAUUGUGGCCGAUGGUGCUCUACCGCCGGGUGUGGAAAGUCAUAUUCAGAGUGCUCCCAGUUCGGCUGUUAGCAAACUUAACGGUCAAACCACACCUCUCGAUGUGUCAAGCCUAUCGCAAAACGAGAUACAAGGCUUAUUGCUUGGCUCACACCCAUCGGCCACAAGCGGCGGCGCAAAUGUCACCACAGCCUCAAACAUUGCCCACCAACAACAACAGCAGCAGCAACAGCAAUCGGCCAUUGUGGCAGCCAGUGCAGCUGCUGCCGCCAAUGGUGGAUCCGGUGGUGCGGGAACUGUCGUCAUAACAGCUGAUCAGCAACGAGCACAGCAGCAGCAGGCCAAUGCAACGGCCACGAUUAGCAUUAAACGAGAACCCGAAGAUUUGCGUAAAGAUCCUAAGAACGGUACCGCUAGUAAUGGCUCAGCAGCCAGUAGCGGACAAAAGGUCAUUGUAUUGCAACAAUCACCAUCGCCCACACACAUACAAAUUAAAGAGCCGCCACCCAGUCCUGGAAGUCCCACAAAUCAAACAGAAGCCAUGUACGCUGCCGGCGGCGGCACUCAAAUUUAUCUACAGGGUCCCCAUCAAAAUUCAGCCGUUGGUCCCGGUGGCAAUGUCAACACACAAACCCCCAGUCCGGGCCCGUAUAUAGGAGCCGAUGGCUAUGGCAUGUAUGCCACCAGCCGUCUGACCACAGCUCCCACCACCACAUUUUUGUCGGAACCCUAUUACAGGGAAUAUUUCACCACCACCACCACAACCGAUGGCCAAGGUUAUGCACCCACACGCACCAUUUAUGGCGACAGUGAGGGACCCCAGCCGGGCACCACAUACGAGGGACGUUUUACCACAACAACCACCACAAAUAAUGGUAUACCGCCACCGCACUCCACACCAAAUGUUUUGAAAAAUGGUGGCACACCAAUCUAUGCCAAGGCGGUAACUGCAGCUGGACUAACAGUGGAUUUGCCGAGUCCGGAUUCGGGUAUUGGAGCGGAUGCCAUAACGCCGCGCGAUCAAAACAAUAUACAACAGUCCUUCGAUUACACAGAACUUUGCCAGCCCGGCUCAUUGCUGGACAAUAAUGGUGGCAUACCAGUUUCCGUCAAUAGCAUACCACGCGGUGCUGUCAGCGUUCAUGGCGGCCAAAAUAGUCCGACCACAUCGCUGGGCGGCACCAGCGCCAAUGGCAGUGCCACCCGUUCCCGUCCAUGGCAUGAUUUUGGCCGUCAAAAUGAUGCUGAUAAAAUACAAAUACCAAAAAUUUUCUCAAAUGUUGGCUUCAGAUAUCACCUGGAAUCGCCAAUCUCAUCAUCACAACGACGAGAAGAUGAUCGCAUUACAUACAUCAAUAAAGGACAAUUCUAUGGCAUAACAUUGGAAUAUAUACCCGAUCCGGAUAAGCCAUUGAAAAAUACAACAGCCAAGAGUGUCAUUAUGUUAAUGUUCCGUGAAGAAAAAUCCCCUGAAGAUGAAAUCAAAGCCUGGCAAUUUUGGCACAGUCGACAGCAUUCGGUGAAACAGAGAAUUUUGGAUGCAGAUACCAAGAAUUCAGUGGGUUUGGCCGGUUGUAUUGAAGAAGUCUCCCACAAUGCCAUAGCAGUCUAUUGGAAUCCUUUGGAAAGUUCCGCCAAGAUUAAUAUAGCCGUGCAAUGUUUAAGUACAGAUUUUAGCAGUCAGAAAGGUGUUAAGGGUCUACCACUACACAUACAAAUUGAUACCUUUGAAGAUCCCCGUGACACACAAGUCUUCCAUCGAGGCUAUUGUCAAAUUAAAGUUUUCUGCGAUAAGGGUGCUGAGCGCAAAACCCGUGAUGAAGAACGACGUUCGGCCAAGCGUAAAAUGACCGCUACGGGACGCAAAAAAUUGGAUGAACUAUAUCAUCCCGUUACCGAUCGUUCAGAGUUUUAUUCAAUGCAAGAUCUUACCAAGCCGCCGGUGUUGUUUUCGCCAGCCGACGAUUUGGAGAAGGGCUUCUAUGGCCAUGAGACUGAUGGGGCGGGUGAUUUAAAGGGUGCCUCGCCGUUCUUGUUGCAUGGACAGAAGGUAGCAACGCCAACAUUGAAAUUUCACAAUCAUUUUCCACCAGACAUGCAGACUGACAAAAAGGAUCACAUUUUGGAUCAGAGUUUGGCCAUGAGCGAAUUUGGACCGCCCAUGAAACGUGGCCGCAUGACCCCACCCACCAGCGAAAGGGUCAUGCUGUAUGUGAGACAAGAAAACGAAGAUGUCUAUACCCCCCUGCAUGUUGUGCCGCCCACCACCAUUGGCCUUUUGAAUGCGCAACAGUGCACCACAGCCACCAUUACAACUACCAGCCAUAGCCACCACCACCAACAACUACAUCAACAACAGCCACCAAUGGACGAUGAAUUACAGUGGCAAUAUCCAAACGAAGAUUACGGCGAAAAUUGAUGAUGAUAUGAUUUCAUAUUAUUGCAACGAAGAUAUUUUCUUAUUAGAAGUCCAGCAAAUCGAAGAGGAAUUGUAUGAUAUCACAUUAACUGAAUUGCAAAAUCAUUGAUAAUGCAAGCAAUGCUAAUAAUAAACAUGGCAGUCUAAUUAGAUUAAAAACCCCCCGCCCCCCCAAAGUCAAUGGAGGAUGUUUUCUAUUAAAGUUAAUAAGUUAUUGAACAAGAAAAAAUGCAGCAAAACGAAAUGCUUGGAAAUGCAGCAAAUGUUUGUAAAUAGCCAUAAUACAAAAAGAAAAGGAAUUGUAACAUCGUAGUGGUUCCCUUGGACAUUGCUUGCCAGCCAACAUUGACAUAACAACAACAAAAUAACGGAAAUAUGCACAAAUUCUAAGGUUACAAUAUAUAUAUUUUUUAGUUUCUGUUUUCUUAAGGAAAUUAUAUUUUUUUGCAUACGAAAGAAACUAGGUUUUAAGUCCAAUGAUAAACAGAAGAACAACAAAAAAUAUUUAUAAACGAGAUUGAUGUGUCUUUACAAUUUUUUUUUUGUUUAAAUAAAUAAUUUAAAUAAUAGCAGCAAUUACAAUAUUAUCAUUUUUUAUAAUAACUUAUAAAAAAAACAACAACGAACAAAUAAUCGUAAUAGUAAUAUUAAUUCUUUUUAUAUUGUAUUAACCGAUUCUUUAAGUGCCAAUAGUAUCGAGAUGUAACGAUAAAAUUAACAAACACAAAUUAAUAACAAUUUAUAAAGAAAACAAGCUAAGAAAUAAUUUCCUAUUUAAAUUGUUUCCGGGGAUUUGCUGAUACGGCAAAGACAAAUAUUUUCUCCAUUCUCUCUCCAUUAUUUGUCUCAAUAAUAUUUCUCUUCAAAUAUAAACCACGUGACUCCCAAAUGCCUGUUCGUGUCUUAAGUCUUUUGAUUUGUAACUCACAUGAGCCAACUCAAACUCUCCCAAUGGGAAUACAGUUUGUUUGUGGAAGCUGUCAGCCUCUCUUCUCUUUUGCCUUACUCAUGCAUUUUAAGGCCAUACUCUCUGUGUUUCGCACUUUUGGAUGCUCUCCCAAUAACGUAUGUGUCUUAAGUCUUUUGCAUCAAAUCAAUUAAAAAAUCAAGGCAAAUAAGAGAAUAACUGAAAAUAGUUUAAAUUGGAAAUUAAUUCAUUGCUAAUUUAACUAAGAAAAAAAAAAUAAAAGGCAACCACUUGAGGGUUUUUGCUAACCCUAAAUUUUAUUUUUGUUUGGGCGCCACUUUAUAAUAAUAAAAAUAAUAUAAUACUCUUUAUAAAUAUGAACAAAUAGUUUUAAUGUCAAAAGAAAAUUGUUAUUGUUUUACAACAAAAAUCACUCUAUUUAAGAUUUCUUUUUAAAUCAUGUUUUCUUAAUUCAAUACGAUAAGAUUGCAUUGGAUACAGCUGAGUUAAACGUUAAGUCUUUCCAUUAUACUGUUUAAAUUUUUUAUAUUUUUAAAUAAUUUUAGUUCUUUCCAAUGUGUUUUUCGAUACUUUAAAAAAAAAAUAAUUGUGCUAAAUAAAUAAAGAAACGAUUUCACCAUAAAUUUGCUUCCAAUACCCACAAAUGUCUUCUUCUUCUUCUUCUUCUUUAAAUCUUCUAAAACCACAUAUGAGAUCUCAAUUUAAAAUUGAUGCUUACCUUGAAGAAUAAAAUUAAUCGAAAAACAAUCUUUGUGAGACAAAAACAAAAAAAAAGUGAGAAAACAACAAAUCUUGAAAAUGCAAUAAAAACAGAAGUUUUAUAUUAUAAAAGGAAAAUACAAAGCAUAUUGAAACAUUAAUGCAUUAAAUGUUAAAACAAAAAUAAAUACAAAAUGAAUGAAAACCCAUUAAAUUUAAAACAAGAAAACAAAACUCCCCUUCACCAACAAUUGUAAAUAUAAAUACCUUAAACUUAAAUUAAAAAAAAAAAACAAAUCCUUCCAACAUAUUCUUAAAACAAAGACAAAACUUUAAACAUUCCCUACGGCUUCCUCAUUUUCUUAGAAAAUUCCCUUAAAAUUUUUUGUUGCUUUAAAUUUAUUUACAAAAAAAUUAUUUACUUUUCUUAAAACAAAAACUGUAAAUUCCCCCUUCUUUUUUUCUUUAAUAUUUAAUUUAAAAAUUAUUUUAUUAUAUUAAUUUUAUUUUCAAAUACAAAAACAAUCUUGCCGUUAUUAUAUAAACAAAUAAUAUUUUUUUUCUUUUAGUAUAUACGAGUUUUAUACUACAAUGAAAACAAAAACAAAAAAACAGAAACAACAACAAAUCACAAUAUAUUUACUUUCAUGAAAUUAUUUUAUUUAAUUUUUUGGAAAAAAAUAUAUAUACUUUUUCUAUUAACUCUUAUUAUUUUGUUGUUUAUAACUAUGUUUUAAUUUUAUAUAUAUACAUAUUUUUAGUUUCCUUCUUUUUCGUUUUUUAUUUAAACAAAACAUAUAGAACAAAAAACACAAAAUAUUUUCUUUUGUUUGUAACGUACUAUUUAAGUUGUACCUUAAUUUAAAACAAAAAACAAGAACAAAUUAUUUUUACAUACACAAAAAAAUACAAUAUAAAUAAAAAACAAACAAAUACAACUUAAAUUUGCAACAAAAUGGCAACCACACAAAAAAACAUGAACAAAAGAAAGCAAAAAAGAACAACAAUUUUUUUUUAAGUGAACAACAAAACAAGAACAAAAACCAACAUAUAUUUUUAUAUAUAUAUUAUAUUAUUAUAUUUUUAAAUAAACUAUAGUAGAAUAAAUGUUUUUUAUACAAAGUAAAAA